UGCAGAGAAUACCUGGCUCUCUUCGCUAAAGUUUUUGGCCGCCAUCCUUCACCAAAGUGUUGCCUACGGUUUCUGGGAUCGAAUCCCACCGAUCACGUAUUCCGAUUCGGACUCAAGACUCUGAAAUUGCGGAAACAAAACAUUAUCCCCAGCCAAUGGCCAGUUCCACCUUGAAUGUUUUAAGUAGAGCCUUGUACAAUAUUUAAAAUUAAAAAGCUACUGCAAAAGUGUUCUUAAAAAAAUUGAGAGAUCUUUCUCCAGCCUUGCGUUCGUCAUCCUGUGCCUGAAACUUUGUACAGCUUUGGAAGCAACAAAAGAGCAAAGGAAGCUUCUGGUACACUAUGGAGGCCCAGAGGAGCCAUAUGACCAUCUUGUUGGCUGUAUGUUUGAUCCUGCUGGGAUUAUUAAGUAGUGUUGUAUCAGCUGAAUGGCAAGGAGAUCUGUCAUCUUAUCACAUUGCUUCAUUCAGUAAUCCUCAUCCUCCUAGACCUCUCAAUGAUCCAUCUGGUAACCACAAUGCUAAAUUCAAUCAUUUCACUCUAUCUGGCCCUGAUGGAGCUGUGUAUGUUGGAGCUGUCAACUACUUAUACAGAGUGGAUAGUUCAUUGAAUCUGCUACAGAAUGUUAGUACAUGUCAAGAACUAGGAGAGGAUAGAUGUGAUACAUUCACCAACUACAAUAAAAUCCUGAUAUUAGAUAAUCAGAAUCGGUUGAUUACAUGUGGAAGUGAAAAUGGAGGAAAAUGUCAGUUCAGGAAUCCAGAUGAUUUGACUGAUGUGUUGUUUCAACCAUACCCUAAUGUUGCUGGUUUUGAAGAGUUGUCUACUGUAAGUUUGAUUGCACCAGGAACUGAUGGACCAAUGGGACCAGGUCCAGAUGGAGGAGAUUGGUUGUAUGUAGCUGUGACUUACUCCAAUGAGGAGGUUGGGUAUCCAGAAAUCCCACCAGUCAGCAGAAGAGUCCUUAGUGCAGACGCAUUGUUGGUAUCCCCAGCAGGCACAGGGUUUUCUUCAUUUACUGUGUUUGAUACUUCCAAUCUGAAGAAUCCAAUCCACAUUACAUAUGUAACUGGUUUCUCAUAUGAUGGAUUCACAUACUUCAUCACAUUUCAAGAAGAGGAUUUUUAUUCCAAUAUCUUUGUUUCUAAAAUGAACAGAGUCUGCCAGACCAGUCCAACAUUUGACUCUUACACAGAAAUCACCCUACAAUGCCAAGGAUCAGAUGGUAGUGUGUACAAAAUGGUACAAGCUGCUCAUAUUGGCCCAGCAGGUCAGGAUCUUGCUGUAUCAUUAGGUUUGAAUGCUGAGGACAUGGUGUUGUAUGCUGUGUUUGCUAAGAAUGAAGGAGCUGAUGGGACUAGUGAUGUACCUAUUGAUCAGUCAGCAUUGUGUGUGUAUAAGAUGAGUGAUAUUUUAGAUGCCUUCAAGGAAGCAGUCAGGGGAUGUAUUCAAGAUGGAGAUGACUACUCAGUGCAGCACUUGGAAGGAUCCAUCUGUCCAUCAUUAUCAGUGAGUAUGAGUAUAGUCACCUUUAACCACCCCGUAUACUUCAAGCUUUCAAGUUAUGUGCACGUUUAUGAUAAGGGACAUAAUAUAAAUACCAUCAGGAUAAUGUUUUCAAUUUGAAAUCAAAACGUUGGAUGCAAUAUAUCUUAAAGUAUUG